GCACCUGCCUUGGAAGCCGUCGAAUAUCAUGAUGAGACUAUAAAGGGUGAAUUCAUGCAGACAUCGCCUUUCCGCGGGACGCCGACGCCUGAGCUUGACGCCCGCUGGGAGGAAAUUGCAGAUGGAAACGCGUUUAAUGUUGCCUCUGAUAAGAUUCACCUCCUGAACAAAUCCAUCUCCCGGCCGUGGCAUCACACAGAUCCUAUAUAUGGUGGAGGAAUCGCAGCCCAAUCUUGGGGUAGCCAUCAGUUGCACUGCCUUAACAUUCUUCGUCAAGCGACGUUUGAGGAUGUUUACAGGAAAGCCGAUCGAUUGCCCGAGAUUCUCCGUGUCACCAAUGAAGUUCGCCGCAACCACCUUGACAUAGAUCACUGCAUUGAAGUUAUUCGUUUGGACAUGAUGUGCCAAGCUGACGUAACGCCGUACUUCAUCAUGGAUCCUGCUCCAGGCCAUGCGUCUGAUGCGCUUCGCACGGAUUUUUCUGUGUUUAGGAGGUGCCGUGACUGGGGAAAAAUCAGGACUUGGAUGAAAGGUCAUGUGGCUAUUCAAAGCAUCAGGGACACAAUUCUAUUCGAACCUGGGCAUAGUGAGCACAACUAG